AUGGCUAUCCCGUCCGCUUUCGAUGCGCUGAAAUCGCAUCUUAUCAAGGUCCAGGAGGACCCGUCAACUUCCUUGGACGUCACCCUCAUAGAUCGGUUGAAGCUCCAGCUUGUUGAAUCCACCAACCCUGUUGUCCCCGCCACGCUCUUAUCGCAGAUAUCAGCUCUGUUGCCAUCGCUGCAAGAGGACCCUGAGCCACUCACUACUCUCGCCAUUAAGGCUACAACCUACUUCAGCUUCACAGACCUUCGCGCCGUUGAACCUCCGAUUAAUCUCGUUGCUGGCUUCAAAGCUCCAUCCCCACCUAUCAACCUUCUUGCUCUGUCAUUGCUGGCCAAGGCAGGCCAGGCUUCCAGUGAUGCAGCCAUUGUCGCGGGGGAUCCGGGACUGGUCGCUUCCCUCGUGGAGCUGUGGCUGUCUACCUCUUCGACGGCAGUUGCACAGGCGGCUUUCGAUGCGCUGUGGGCUUUGCUAGAUGUUGACUUGGCUAGUCCCCUCGAAAAAGGCGAGUACGAACAAACAAGUGAAGAUGGACAUGCUGGGCAAGGUCUCAUGUGGAGGAGGCUGUUUACAGACAAAGAUGUCUAUGGAGUCCUGUUUGCUUUGUGUAGUCUCCAGAAAGAUGCACCAGGCGAAUUGUCCAAGCGCGAACGGACGGUGGCCCAAGGAAGACUGAUGGGAUUUCUGGUGAAAGCAGGCCGCUUACGCUGGGAUAUCAUUUCUAAAUCGCACGUGUCUGAGAUUGAGAUGAAGUAUCAAAGCAAGAGUCUCCUGCAUUUCGCCGCCUGCCAAAUGAUCGACCAGAGUGAUGUGUUGAUGCACAUGACGCUUCUAGGUUUCUUCCGAGAUCUGUUGGAAAUUGACGCACCUGGCCUUGCUGCCCGAAGCUAUGUGCAAUCUACAUCGACCUUCUCAUCUCCUGCUCUCGACUUCCUCAUCUCGGAGAAGCUGCAUUCGAACGUACUUGAAUACUAUCUCAAUGAGUCCAAGCUCGACUCCGUGGACCUUGUUUACCUCUCUGGUCCAAUCAUGGCUUAUAUGGCAAAGUAUGCCGAGUCUUAUCCCAACCACUUCCUCCAGAAUUCUCCUACCGUUCUUGAGGGAAUUAUCUCGCGCAUCUCGCGUGCAGUUGCUAUUCCCUCAAUCCAAUGGGCACAUGGAGAGGUUCCCACUGGGCACCUGGCAAUUUUGGCUUCCCUACCACGCGUCCUCCUUGUUGAAGCUGGCAAGAAUGGAUCAAACCCCCUCUUGAGCAUCCCCACAACCCCCCCGAAUGAAGAAGCCCUAAAUGCCCUGGGUCGGGUUUUCCAUGGACCAGCACGGACACAUGUCUCAGAUUCCAUGGACCUGGAUAGUUCUGGCCAAACCCCAACAGAUUGGCAUCAUGAAGCCGCAGCAGCACGCAUGCUCUACUUCCAAUAUCUUAAUAACCACCCUACCUUCUGGACUGACGUUGUUGCCGCCGCAGAUCUCCUAGCGAUGAAGGAGGUCGCUUUGGCGGCGCUGAACUUCAUCAGGGCCAUUGUUAUGGCAAAGUGGCAGCCGUUGCCCCCAGCUUCGCAUGUUUCUCGCACACCAUCUCGGUUCCAGCUGCCAUCGGAAGAGAGCUUGGGUCAAUUUUCUCCGGCUAUGAAUGGCCUGCUCCCUCUUUCUGGACCAUGGGCUGUUCUCACCCCACCGGCUCUUACAACUCUCCUGCCUUAUCUGUUCAAACCGCCCCGGUCAUACUCGGAAUUUGUAAGUGGUGGUGCAGGCGAUACCCAGAGCAUUGUCUGGAAGGUAGCCACUGCGAAACAUGAUGUUCUUGAGCUUCUCAGUCAUCGACUUCAGCAAAUCGGGGGCCAGAUGGAAGGGCUUGAGGACAUUUUGCGAACUCUGCAGCAGCGGGUCGAUGAGGGCCCUUGGGGACCUGUGCAGCCAAGGAAUGCCGAGAUCGAGACGGUUGGACUUUAA